AUGAAGUUUGCGACCUCUCUUCUAAUCAGCCUUCUCACCGCCGCUGCCAUGGCCACGCCGGUGCAGGAACGAGCCACUACGGACACCAACCCAUUGGAUGGCCGUGCAUGCCAGGCCAACAGUGGCGUGUGCAAGAGCGGAAAGUGUAUUGUUGAUGGCAAAACUUUCGACGAUGAUAAGUGCACAAACCAGCUCAUGGGACACUAA